AUGGCUUCUCCCGUGCUUGCAGUACCUCAGGGGACUGCCGUGCCCGUGUCUUUUACACAAGGUACAUGCAGUCAGCCUAGUUUCUCGACUAUCACAGAAGCUUUCUUUCAUUAUGCCGCCACACAGCCUUCGGUUACGGCGGCACGAGAUCUGUCUGCCGAGCCGCCCGUUGAGAUAAGCUAUGGUGAGCUUGCCCAACAAAGCAUCAUCUUGGCUCGGCGGUUGCAAAGUCUUGGUGUUUUGCCAGGGGACCGUGUGCCUCUUGUCGUCAAGCGUGGUGUUGGUAUGCUUGUUGGUAUCUUCUCUAUCCUGUCGUGCGGUGCUCAAUAUGUUCCUCUCGAUGGAGGCGUCGUUGCAGAUGAGACUCUACGCUUUGUGUUAAAACAGACUGGUGGUAAAGUUGUCUUGACUUCAAAGUCCACAGCUCAUCGCCUGUCAAACACGGGAGUCUCACAUGUUGUCACUAUUGAAGAGUCACAUGAGCUCGACGAUAACACAGACUUCACUCCCUUCAGUCAACCAGAGGCUGGAUGCUACGUGAUAUAUACUUCAGGAGUAGAUGUCAGCCACCGGAACGUCACGAACUUAUUAUGUCAAGCACCUGGAAACUUGGGCAUCGGACCAGGAACAUGUGUCGGUCAAGUGUUGAAUGUCAGCUUUGACAUGGCUGCUUGGGAAACACUCGGUUGUCUAUCCAAUGGAGGUACCUUGAUACUUCGCGGAUCAAACUGGUCAAAAGCUCUAAAAGAGUUGGAUGUUCUCAUCUGCACACCAAGCAUCCUGUCAAAACAAAAGCCCGAAGACUAUCCAAAACUCAAAACUGUUGCUACAGCAGGUGAGCCAAGCUGUCAACAACUUGCAGACAUGUGGGCUUCUCAUGUAUCGUACUUCAACUGCUAUGGUCCUACAGAAACCACCAUCGUCAACACUACUCACCUCCACAAGACAGGCCAACCUCUAUCCAUCGGUAAACCUACACCAGGAAACACCGUCUACAUCUUGGAUGAGUUUCUGAAGCCUGUUCCUGUAGGAGAGGUUGGCAAUGUCUGGGCUGGUGGCGCGGGAGUGGCGCGAGGCUAUGUCGACUUGCCCGAUAAGACAGCUGAGAGGUUCCGACCUGACCCAUUUGCCAACGACGGAUCAAACAUGUACAACACCGGAGAUCUUUGUCAGUGGAACUCGGAUGGCACUCUUCACAUUCUCGGCCGCAUUGACGACCAAGUCAAAAUCAAAGGCUUCCGUGUUGAGCUUGACGGCGUUGUCGCAUGCAUCAAGUCCUGUCCCUCAGUUCAAUCAGCAACCGCUCUUUUGAUCAACGAGGAGAUCCAUGCCUUUAUCACUCCCAGCCAUUGUCCUGUUCCGGUCAUCGAGGCACACCUCAAGAGUCUCCAGCCUUACUACGCUAUGCCGACACAUUACCAUCAACUGGAGACCUUGCCCAUGACCGCAAACGGUAAAGUCGACAAGCAUGCUCUCAAGAUGUCUGUGUCAAUGGCUGUUAGCACCGAGGUUCGCACUCCCUUACCUGCUGUGCUGGCACACGCUCGUAUGGAUUCGAACGCCUCAAGUGCUACGCAAUUCAGUUCUUUCUCAGAUGCUUCUGAUACAACCCUUAUCCCCGAGCAUCAGUAUGAUCUUGAGAAGGCCCUUCCCGAGAAAGAUCUACCCAAACACGCCCGAGGAGUACGCCACAGACUUCUUAUCGUGUACCGCCGCUUAUUCUCACUUGUUGGCUUGUUCAACAUCGGUGCUGCUGUCGCUCUUCUACUGACCAGCAUUAACAGAGAAUGGAUGGGCAUCAUCACAGCCAUCAACUUGGCCACUGCCGUUCUUGUACGCCAAGAAUUCGUCAUCAACGCUCUCUACACUAUCACGUGUAGCGUGCCCAAGUCUUGGCCUCUUGCUAUCAGAUCUCGUUGCGCAAAAAUCUACCAUCUUGGCGGUGUUCACUCUGGCGCAGCUGCGAGUGCAGGAGCAUGGCUAUUAGCGACCAACAUCGCAGACAUUGCCUGUGCGUUUGGAAACUGCCCCGACUGGGGUAAUCUUUCCAUCGCAUCGCAAGUCAUUUCGUGGAUUCUCUCAGUCAUGUUCGUUGGCAUGAUUGGUAUGGCUUGGCCAUCUGUCCGAAAGCGAUAUCAUGACCAGUUUGAGAGAACACACCGAUUCGCUGGCUGGACUAUGCUUGCUCUCUUCUGGGUUCAAGUCGUCCUCUCAGCCAACGACAGCACACCGGCUGGCACAACUCUUGGGGAGUCUUGUGUCAAGUCACCUGCCUUUUGGCUCUUGGCUGUAGCCACAAUGAGCGUUGCAUCUUCGUGGUGCUUCCUUCGCAAAGUCCCCGUGGAAGCUGAAAAGCUCUCGGACCACGCUAUUAGACUUCACUUUGACUACACUGUCCCUGUCAACGGGUCUUUCACCCGUCUUUCACGCCAACCUCUCAAGGAGUGGCACUCUUUCGCCACCAUUCCUGCCCCAGAGCCCGUCAACGGCAGAUCAAAGGGCUACUCUCUCGUUGUUUCAAACGCUGGUGACUGGACGAAAGCCACCAUCCAAGAAGGCCCCUCGUACAUCUGGACACGUGGCGUUCCUACAUGCGGUGUCAUGCGUAUAGCAACGUUGUUCAACCGCGUCGUCCUCAUCGCGACUGGUUCAGGAAUCGGCCCCGUCUUGGGCCACAUCCAAAACCCUUCCUGCCCAACGCAACUUAUCUGGUCAACUAAGAACCCAGAAGAGACGUUCGGCGAGGAAAUCUGCCAGACCAUCAGUAAGAACAUCCCCGGGGCGGUCAUCCACGAUACUAAGAAGCUCGGGAGACCUGACUUGGUGAAGAUGGGCUACAACUUGGUAAAGUCCUUCAAAGCUGAGGCUGUGAUCAUUAUCGCCAAUGAGAAGAUUACCAAGAAAAUUGUUUACGGGCUGGAGACGCGAGGCGUUCCAGCUUACGGAGCUAUCUGGGAUAGCUAG